GGCCAUAUAUCCGGACACUACUGUAAUACUUACGAUUAUAUUUUAGGAUAAAUAAAAUGGCAAAAAAUAAAACCCAAGAUAAAUUUGCAAAAAAUAAAAAUAAAAGUACCAAUUCUAAAAAAGAAGGUAUAUUUAACAUGUAUAUUUUAUGCAUUGCUAUUGCUAUUUGGUGUAGUUAUAAAGGAUAUCUAGAAACAAGGGUAAAUACACCAUAUAAUGUAAAAAAGCUAGUAACAGCUUCUGGAUUGGAUAUUCCAGACAGAUAUUGGGGUACUUAUCGAUCAGGAGUUUAUUUUGGACUAAAAACUCGAGAUCCACAUUCCUUAGUAACGGGAUUAAUGUGGUAUUUUCCACAUUUGUUACGUCAAGAUGGUAGUGGCCUUAGACAUUGGUGUGAGCAAAGUGAUAGAAUAGAGAGAUAUGGAUGGUUAGAGCAUGAUGGAAGAACUUUUGGUGUUCAAGAAAUAGUAGAUAGUCCAGCCAUUUUAACUACAACAUUUGUUAAAAUUCCUGGUGGUAAACAUGGUGGGGAUUGGACAGCAAAAAUUGCUGUAACUUCCAAAAAUCAAGUACCAAGUUGGGAAAAAAUUUCAUUACUUUUUUAUACUGCUAUUGAAGAAAGCACUAAAGGAUGGAUUAAAUAUAAUUAUGGUGAUGGAACACAGCCAGUAGGUGUAGAAGGGAAUACCGAAGGUUUAGGUUCAUUUAAUAUAAAUUUGAAAGUAAUACAGGGAAUUGUAACAGAGCAGUCUUUCUUAGCAACAGUUGCUCCUGGCUUAAAUGUUUUGAAAGAAACUGUUCUUCAAAAUCUUAGAAAAGUAAACAAGAAUAUAGUUUUAGCAGGUGAACAACUACCAUUAUCACCAGAUGGAAAAAAGAAAGAUGCAAAUUUUAUUGUAACACAGAUAACUGCAAGAUUUCCUUUUGAAAUUGAAGUAAGUUAUGAAUCAGGUAGUUUUAUCAAUUUUGGUGACAAACUAACUGGCCAAAAUUAUGACCUCACUCUUGAAAAACACCGAAAAUUGUUUGACAAAAAGUUUGAAGAAGUGUUUAAAUUAAGAUCAAAAGCUUACUCAGAAGAAGAAAUUAAAUUUGCAAAAAUGGCUCUAUCAAAUAUGAUAGGCUCCAUAGGUUACUUUUAUGGAAGUUCACAAGUACAAAGCCAAUAUACUAAAGGACCUGUGCCUUAUUGGAAAGCACCUUUGUAUACUGCUGUACCUAGUAGAAGCUUUUUCCCACGAGGGUUUCUGUGGGAUGAAGGUUUUCAUGGUUUACUUAUAGCAGCUUGGGAUUUAGAAAUUGAACUAGAUAUCAUAAAUCACUGGUUUGAUUUAAUGAAUGUUGAAGGUUGGAUUCCAAGAGAAAUGAUUUUGGGUCAAGAAGCUUUGGCAAAAGUUCCAGAAGAAUUUGUGACCCAAGUAAAUACAAACGCAAACCCACCUACAUUUUUCUUAACAUUGCAUUUCAUACUUAAGCAUAAACAGAAAGAACUAUUAGAGAAACAUUUUCAUUUUCUUGAUAAUCUAUACCCUCGUCUUCAGGCAUGGUUUAAUUGGUAUAAUACUACACAAACUGGAGAUAUACCAAGCACAUACAGAUGGCGAGGUAGAAAUGGAACAACCAAUAGAGAAUUAAAUCCAAAAACGCUCACAUCUGGAUUAGAUGAUUAUCCUAGAGCUUCUCAUCCAAAUGUUGACGAACGGCAUGUUGAUUUACGAUGCUGGAUUGCAUUUGCUGCUGAUGUUAUGUAUCAAAUUAGUGAAAUUUUAAGCCAGUCUAAUAGUAAAUAUCAAGAAACGUAUCAGUAUUUAUCCGAUAAUGAUUUAUUAAAUAAAUUGCACUGGUCACCGAGUACACAAAGUUAUGCUGACUUUGGAUUGCAUACAGAUAAAGUAGAAUUGCGGAAAUCAACUCCACCUCCAAGAUCGCACGUACAGCAGUCGGAAACAAUACGAGUUGUCUUAGAAGAUCCAACUUUAAGAUACAUCGAUACAUCUUUCGGUUAUGUUUCAUUGUUCCCAUUUAUUUUACAAAUUAUCGAUCCGAACUCUCCACAAUUAGGUAAAGUAUUAAAAGAUCUAACAAAUCCUAAUCUAUUGUGGACCAAAUAUGGUUUGCGAUCGCUUGCAAAAAUAUCGCCAUUUUAUAUGAAAUACAAUACUGAAUAUGACGCUCCUUACUGGAGAGGAGCUAUGUGGAUGAAUUUAAAUUAUUUAACAGUGCGAGCGACGCACUAUUACUCCAAUAUCAAAGGUCCAUAUCAAAAUAAAGCGAAAGAAAUUUAUGGGAAUUUAAGGAAAAAUUUAAUACAAAAUGUUAUUAAACAAUAUAAAACAUCUGGAUAUGUAUGGGAAAAUUAUGGAGAUGUUCAUGGAGAAGGCAAGGGGAGCCAUCCAUUUACUGGUUGGACAUCAUUGACUUUACUACUUAUGGCAGAAAUUUAUUAA